GGAUGGACUCGCCCGAGCAUGCGACAACGUCGACGGAAGCAUGGCUGCAAGCUCGACGUGGCUGGCUGCGUACUGCAUGGAGGCCGCGCAGGAGCUGCGUCGAGCGCCGAUGAAGCGGACCCGGCCGCGCUUGAACCUGAGCGACCUCGACCCGGGCUCGGCGAGCGAGACAAGCGAGCGUCCCACGAAGAAGCCUCGACGAGGAAAGAAGAGAGGCCGCGCGAUGGCGGACGGGGCAGCCCCGAGUACCCCAACCGAUACCAAGGAAGAAGAGCUCAUGAAGCUGCGUGUCGUCGACCUGAAAAAGAAGCUCCAGACGCGUGGUCUUGUGUGCUACGGUCUCAAAGCUGUCCUAGUGCUGCGCCUUGCCGAGGCCAUGCGGCAGGAAGAGAUGGCGCUGGACGACGACGACGGUCCAGCCUCGAUCGAUGGAAACUGCUCUAUCAGCGCAAUCGACGACGACAGCCCAGCGGCGUCUCCUUGGGGAGAAAUCGGAUCGCCGGUCCCGACGGCCAAGUCGUCCAAGCCAGCUGCGCGCAAUCCGGCGCGAUCCCUUGCCGACGCGUUCGACGAGGAGGCGUCGCCCGACCCGAGCACGCAACCGAGCGCUAUCUCGAACGAACCUUCAAGCUCAGCGUCCAUGGCAAGUCCGAUGCACUCGAACGUCGACGGCGCCGCUUCCUAUCCCCCCAUCGACCCGCCGGCCGAGACACCCACCCACGAGAUCGCUAUUUUGCUCAAAACGCCUCCACCUGUACCAGCCUCUCUCAGCGACUCGAAAGGCUUGUCUUCUCGUAUGAAGUCCAGCCGCUCCCCGAUCGUCCCGCUGAGUCAUGCUGCAUCUCCGACGGCCCCACUGCAUGCAACUCUGGUCCAAGUCGCUCCAACCGCGCCGGACAACGCCACCACGACAACGGUCGACACGGCGCUGGUACCGACAGAGUCUGAACGUGCCAGCAACGAGCCCGAGAGUCUGCGUGGCGAUACCGACGCCGCACCUUCAGCAGGUGACAUUCUCAAAUCAACAAAGUCGCCGGCAGAGACGGCCGCCGUCGGUGGCCGGCCCGACUUGAUGUCCUCGGACAGCAGCAGUCAAUCGUCGGACGACGACGAGCACAGCACGUCCUUUUUGGCCAAGGGCUUUGCGACGAUCAAGUCGGCCAUGCAGCGCCACGUGCUAGGUACCUCGGUGCGCAAGACGCCGCCACCGACGUACAUUGAACUGGAGCGGCUCUCGAUGGCGCCCCGACGAAGCUCUUUGGUGCCGCCCCUGUCGGUGUUGGACCUCUCGACCGCGCGGCUAAGUCCUGUGGCGUCGCCCUUUGACGCACCCGGGAUACCCGAGGGGCGCCUCUCGUCCCCCGAGCUGCGCGACGUCAUUGAGCGCGAGUCCAAACGGCUGCGCGAGACGGCGCGGGCGCUCGCCAAACAGCGCGUCGCCAAGGAGCGUAGCCUUUCCAAGGCGGUCGAGCCACUCUUUCAAGAGCCACCGCUGGUGGAGCACGACCAAGUGUCGGCUGCGAGCUCGAGUCGACAGUUGCACCCAGGAUCGCGGACGUCGUCGGUCGCUGCGCCGCCAAGUGCGCUGAGCAAGCGCCCGCCCAACCUCGUCUCUGGACUGACAUCCUUUGGUGCGCGCAAGCGUACGUCCUCGACGUGCGGGGCGACGAUGAUUCCGUCGCUGUUGGAAGCCGAGCGGAGUCGGUUGGCGGAUGAGAAGAAGAUGCUCGAGAAGGAGCUUCGGCGCGAAGCGCUGCACCAAAAGUACGCCAUUCACCGCAAGCACGACGACAGCGUCCGCAAAAAGCCGCGCGACGAGCCGGACAAGGUCCGUGACGAGGCGGCAGAGAAGAAGCAGCGAGACCUUGACGCGGCGCGGAAGCGGCGCUUGCAAUGCAUGCACGCGGCGCAAGAGGCCAAGAAGAUGCAAGAGCGGGAAGAGAGAGAGAAGGCCCGUGAAGCGACAGAGAAGAAGCAACGCGACUUUGACGCGGCGCGCAAACUGCGGCUACACGACAUGUAUGCACAAGAAGCCAAGAAGGUGCCGGACCGAGCCCGCCCCACGCACAAGAAACCGCGGAGUACCGGCAAGCCCGCGGUGCCCAGUGUCCAGCAUGCGACGCUCAAGAGACUCAAGGAGCCGGCGACGCUACCAAAAUGCCCCGUCAAGACCAAAAUGUCGGCCAAAGGAACCUCGUCGCGCAAGGCCAUCAAACCGACCAUCAGCGGGCUACCAACAAAGCGCCAAAAGAUCACUGCGGCCAAGAGCGUUCUCGAGGUUGAGCCUCCCGCCUCGUACACCAUGUCCGAGCCCGAAGAAAGCGACGAGAGCGACAUGGACACGGAGGACUAUGCGGCGCUCAACAAGCCGCUGCCGGCUUGGGCCCAGAAGGCCAACCUCGACCAAGCCCUCGCAGUCCAGUUUGGGCCGCACGGCGUGGACCCGAGCACGAUCUUUCCCGACUUUGUCGGCUCGUGCGACCUCAAGCUCAUUUUUGAAGGCUACGUCGAGCCAAAACGCUCGUUCCAUCGACGCACGAGCUCGGGCAAUUGGCACAUGGACCAGCCAACGCGGCUUGAGAAAGCCCACUACAAGCACGUCAUGGGCUUUGGCGCCGCGACGACCUUUGUCGCCUAGUCGCAGAUACAUAGAGUGUCAAGUUGUACAUUGAAAGAGUGAGAUCAAGUUUGUUUGCA